AUGCAGGUGUUGUUCGUGCUCAUCGCGUACUGGUUUGGCGGCCUGAACCGCAACGCGGCCGACUUCUUUGCCAACCUGGGCACCAUGAUCCUGGUGGUGAUGGUGGCUGAGGCCUGGGGCCUGCUGCUGGGCGGCAUCUUCAUGCAGCCAAAGAAGGCCCAGACCGCCACGACGGUCAUCAUGCUGACGUUCCUGCUGGUGGGUGGCUACUACGCGCGCUCCAUCCCGGUCUUCAUCAGCUGGGUGCGCUACAUCUCGUUCCUCUACUGGGGCUUCAACAUUCUCACCAAGAUCCAGUUCAGGCGCUACGAGAUCUUUGAUUGCGGCGGCGAGGUCACCUCCUCCUCCAGCCGCGGCUACACCCCAGACGACCUCCGCGCCAUCCCCGGGUGCUCGCCCAUUGCCGACGUGCAGACGACCCUGGGCCUGCCUGCCGACCCCCAAGCACCCGCCUGGCCGGACGCCGUUAUACUGAUCGCCAUGCUGGUGGUGCUGCGCCUGGCGAUCUACUACACACUCAAGGUCAAGACCCGCACCCGCAAGCUGCUCAUGGCUUGA